AUGAUUUUGUCGGCCAACAAAGUUUUGCUGGCCAUGGCGGCUCUGUUGAGUUCAGAGGGCGCCCUUGGAUUUUCCCCUCGUCUCAAGCCAUCACUGAGGGUUCCUGCAGCUACAAGUCUCCCCACAAAAUUGUUUUCCAGCACUCUCGAAGAGACCAAUGAAGAUACUGUUGCGGACAAGAACGAGGCUCCUCGAGAGCAAGCUAAGCAGAAGGCCAUGGAUGCUUUGGAGCGUUUGCUGUCUCGUCAACAAGCCGAGAUGGAGCAAACCAAACGUCUGUUGGGUCUCUACGAGACGUUCGAUACCACCACACCCAGCAACUCGACCGAUUUCACUGAUUCAAAGUUUGUCUCGUCCGAGCUCUUGUCGGUGGCUUCUUCUAUCCUCAAAGGGUUUGAUUAUGGCUUCCAAUCCAGAAGUGAAGGACCCAAAUUUGAUCUCAAGGGAGGAAAUCAGGCAUUAGUGGGAUAUGGACCACCUGCCAAUAUAGUCUCUUUGGGAAGUCAACAAUUCAUGAGGAAUCUAGAUGCCAUGAGAAACGAGUAUACGGAAGAAAAAGAUGUCGAGCUAACUCCCAAGCAAGUAAAACUGCAGGAAAAACUACAACAAUUGACUUUGAACUCCACAGCCAUUUGGCAAAGAGAACUCAAGGACGGACCCAUUGAGGCUCCUUGGCUCAUCAAAGUCCCGUACCUGCUCCUUUGCUAUAUGCUGGACGAGGUCUUUGAAGGAAGAUAUGUUCCGUCGCGAUUCUUUCUUUUGGAGACUGUGGCUCGCAUGCCCUACUUUGCGUACAUUGGAAUGUUGCAUCUGUACGAAACAUUGGGAUUCUGGAGACGAUCUGCCGACAUGAAGCGAAUUCAUUUCGCCGAAGAACUCAACGAAUUUCGGCACUUGUUGAUUAUGGAAUCCCUAGGUGGAGAUCAAGCAUGGUGGGUCCGGUUUAUGGCACAGCAUUCUGCCAUUGCCUACUUUGCGGGUUUGUGCGUCUUGUGGUGCAUUAGCCCAUCUCUAUCAUACAAGUUCUCCGAGUUGCUUGAGACACAUGCCGUCAAUACCUACAGCCAAUUCCUGGAUGAGAAUGAAGAUGCCUUGAAGGAUCUGCCGCCGUCCUUGGCGGCUGUGGACUACUACGCCUUGGGUGCGUCGGAUCCGUACUAUGCCGAGUUUCAAACAUCUGCCAUUUCCAAGCAGCAAGAGCUGCGCCGCCCUGGACUUCAAAUGGAAUCCCUUUACGAUGUCUUCUCGGCAAUUCGGGACGAUGAAGGAGAUCACGUGGGAACCAUGGAAGCCUGCUUGGAUCCAACCGUCGCCAAGCUUUCGCCUUCUCUAGAGCGAAAGGUUCUCACGGGUAUUGCCACAGCCGCAGCGGUUGCUUUCUUCCUGAAUGGUGGGGAUGCUGGAACGGUGGACGUGGAUCAACUCGUCGAUGGUGUUGACUUUGCGGCAGAUGAAACAGUUGCUACGAGCGUUGUAGAUGGUACCAUUGCUGCGAUUGCCGGAAUUGCCAGUCAGUUGGGACAAGACACUGGUGAUGAAAGCGCAGGUGCAGGAAUAUUUGCUGAUAUAUUUGAAGAGGGUUCCAUGUCAGCGCUCGCAGACUUUCUCGCUGAGGUCCUUGUCAUCUUUAGCCGCUUUUUUUUCUAA